UCUGGAAUCGGUAUGCCUGUACAUGCAUUCAUCCUGUCAAAGUCUUGUCGCUGCCUAUCGAGAAGUGGAUUGCCACCCCAUCCCGAGGUUAAACCCCCGGAAACUCAGAUUGGUUAAUUCCAUUCGAAUCAUUAACUUCAUUGGCUUCGAGCUUUCCUGGUGCUUCUCGAGCCCUGUCUACAUUAUAAAGAAUUCAUUACAUCUACCUGAGAGUACGACUCAGGGAUGAUCAGUAUCGUUCCAUCUUGAGUGCAAUCUUUUCUCAUAUUUCGAUCAAUAUGCCUCAGAAAUGGGCAUUGCUUUGUGGUGGGGAUUACUAUGUCAAAGGCACGGCGCGUCGGCGGAACGGGCCACUAGCCAGUGGACGGAAAAGUCUUGAGGGCUGUUGUUAUUCAAUAAGGCAGAAUUCCUUAGAUAAAGUUCCAGAAGUUGGGUCAGCUGGAGGAUUUACAUAUGGCCAUUGAACUGGAUAAACAAGCUCUGGCAGCAACACCUGACAACCAUGCAAGGAAGGGAUCCAUUCUACUCAGCUUGGCCAAGUUCCUUCACCUACAAUUCGACAGAAAUGAUUAUGAUAAAUCUUUCGAAGAGUCUCUGGAAUAUCUAAUUGAUGGUGCAGAGGUCUCUCAUUCACCGCCCACGCUUCGAAUUAAGUCGCCGACACUGGCUGGCAUAAUGUUGGCUACCAAAGACGACUGGAGAGAAGCAAGUCGUAUUGCAGAACUGGCUGUGAACCUUUUACCAACAGUGGCUCCUCGCCAAUUGAGUCAACAUGAUCAACAGCAUUUACUCAGCACUACUAGUGUUAUAGCCACAAUGGCCGCCUCUUUUGCCCUCGAAGCAGAAAAAGCACCUCUCCACGCUGUGCAGCUACUAGAGUUGGGCAGAGGAAUCAUCACUAGUCUUCGAUCUAGGUUGUGGUCUGAUGUGACCGAACUCAAUAUGCUCGACUGCCCGAUCCAAGAUCUUUAUGACAGCGGGGCCGAGGGCGAUCCUUUGGGCUCCAAGCCAAAGAGAAAUGACCGCCACCAAGCGAGCUUUGAUCUUGACGAUACCACUGGGCAGAUUCGCCUCCUCCCUGGCUUCGAGAAGUUUCUGCACCCUCCGCCAGUUGAGGUAUUGAACAGUGCUGCAUCUACAGGGCCUAUUGUACUCAUCAAUUCCAGCGACGUGGAGGAAAGGGUGAAGAUGUUGAUGCCAAUUCGAUCCAACUCUAAAUUGACACAACAAGCCGAAGCGGAUAUGUCUAGUAUACUGGGGUGGCUCUGGGACGUUGCAGUGUGCCCGAUUCUGGAUGCGCUGGGCUUUCCAAAGCCUCCCAUGGAUGAUGAGUGGCCCCGAGUAUGGUGGAUUGCAGUCGGCGAAUUAAGCUCAUUUCCGCUGCAUGAUGCAGGUCGUCAUACGUCUUCAUCGACAGACUCAGCAAUCGACCGAGUAGUCUCGUCUUAUAGCCCUUCAGUCAGAGCUCUCCUACAUGCUCGCAGGCAAUCCAGAAAGGCUAGUGAUUCCAUGCAUGACCAGGCUCUUCUAGUGUCAAUGGCGACAACUGCAUGA